CCUAAUAAAUUUUUUUUUUGUUCAAGAAAACCAGACUCCCUAUUCCGACGUUGACUGAACGUUUUCCGGCGUUGACCGUUACAUGUGCCAUGCACAUGACCCUAAAUUGACUAUUUUACCCUCAUUUGUUAUUUACCCCUUUCCCUAAUAACUUUUCUACCCAAAUUAAAUUCCCCCCUUUUUUAUUCACUGUCUUCAUCUUUCUCCAUUGAAGAACGUCUCCAUUGAAGAGCAGCGCUUAUCUCAAUUGAAGAACGUCUGAGCAGCAAGCAUAAUGGUUGUAGUGAAGGGUAAGAGAUGCGAUUGUGGGUUUCCUCUUGCCAUGAGGACUUCAUGGACUCAUGAGAAUCCAGGAAGAAAGUUCAUGGCUUGCAAGUUUUACAAUCCUGAAACAAGGCACAGGGGAUGUGAAAAAUUUGAGUGGGUUGACGAGGGUAUACUUGAUUGGCAGAGAGAUGUAACUAAUGUGUUGGUUGCAGAGAAGCAUAGGCUAGCUACUGAUCUGAACAUUAUUAAAGCAAGAUUUGUCUACAAUGAGCAUGAGGACAGACUUGCCAAAGAAUUGGAGAAGUUGAACAAUAAGCUAUGGAGGAGAAACAGUGAAGCUAGGCAGCAAAUGAGUAGUAAUAGGAUUAAGUAUGGGCAUGUAAUUAGUGUUUCUGUUCUUAUAUCUGUUGUUGUGAGUUUUAUGUUUGUGAAAAUCUUUGGCUAGGAUAGUUAUGAAUGCCAUGGAUGAAUUGUAACUCUUUGGCAAGAGUAUGAUUUGUAUUUUGUAUGAAAUUUCCACAAAACUAUGUUAUUUGAAUUAUGAGGAAUGGAAAUAUGC